GUGUUUGACUACAAACCACAAAACACACCGGUAACCGGAAAGUGUUUGGCGGUGGAGGGUGGUGGACUGGUGGGGGAGAGAGUGGUGGUUCCUUUUGCAUGGUGGAUGAAGAAUGACGUCUUCGAGGAGCGAGUCGACGCUGCAACGCCUCUACGAUUUUGCGAAGAUGGCUCUUAUCAAGAUCUUCGCUCACCCCUACGCCACGGUCUGUGACUUGUACUGCGGCGGAGGCGGCGACUCUGAGAAAUGGAUGGAGGCACAAAUUGGCCACUACAUUGGAAUCGAUGCCUCUUCCUCUUCUCUCGACAAUUUGCGGGAAGCCUGGGACUCUCACCGCAAAUCCUUCACUGCCGAGUUCUUUGACCUUGACCCUUGCACAGAGAAUUUAGAAGUGCAUUUGGAGAAGACCAUUGUGGCUGAUUUUGUCUGCUGUUUGCAGCAUUUGCAGCUGUGUUUUGAAACUGAAGAGAAAGCACGGAGGCUCCUGCAUAAUGUGUCAUCUCUACUGAAGCCAGGGGGUUAUUUUCUUGGUAUUACUCCUGACUCAUCUACCAUAUGGGCCAAGUACCAGAAGAAUGUUGAAGCAUAUCACAACAAAGGCAGCAGCAUGAAGCCAAAUAUUGUUCCCAAUUGCAUUCGGACAGAGAAUUACAUGAUCACUUUUGAGGUUGAAGAAGAAAAGUUUCCCUUAUUUGGGAAGAAAUACCAGCUGAAAUUUGCCAGUGAUGCCUCUGCUGAAACCCAUUGCUUGGUUCAUUUUCCAAGCUUCAUCAGGUUGGCCAGAGAAGCUGGUCUUGAGUAUGUGGAAAUACAAAACCUAACCGAGUUUUAUGAUGACAACAGAGCACAAUUGGCAGGGUUGCUAAUGAACUUUGUUCCAAACCUAUUGGAUCCUAGGGGAAGACUUCUUCCUCGAUCAUACGAUGCUCUAGGUCUCUAUACAACAUUUAUAUUUCAAAAGCCUGAUCCAGAUAUUGCACCUCCAAUUGCCAGUCCAUUAAUCCAAGAACCAAUUUAUAAUCUUGAUGAGGGAACAAGUUGGAGAGAUGAUGAAAUAAAUGCACAGAUGGAGCCACCACCUCCACCACCACCUCCACCACCUCCACCACCACCUCCUCCUCCUACUCUUGGGCUGGGCAUGAUUAGCGAACAAAAAGGGAUAUUGGGCCCUGGCCCUCCUGAUUUACGUUUUCCAGAGGCACUUUGACUAAUCCUAUGGUCUAGGGGGUUUACCCUAUUUGCCUUUCUUUGUUUUUUAGUGUUCAUACUAUGUAUUGGCUAAAGUAGAAAUUGCAGUUAGGUUUCCAUUACUAACAUUGUUUACUAUGUAAUCAUCAUGCCGGGGUUUAGUUUAUCGUUAAUUUGCAUAUUGUGCUUGUUAGCUUUUUGUUGGGUUUUUCUGUCCCCAUUGUGUCAGACUCCAAAAGUGUUAGAAAUAUGAGGCACGAGUUUGAAUGAAUUAGACAGUGAACGAAAAAGAAUCAUGUUUAUAGAUUAUAAAAUAAUUUUACUCUUAUUUAUGGCAUAA